AUGCAGAAAAAAGAAUUAGAGAAUUGUAUUGAAAAGAAACGUGAAGAAGUAGAAAGCUAUUUAAAGGAAAAAGAAAAAUCUUUUGAAGAAGAAAAAAAAGAACUCGAAUACAUUUCAUCUUUAAAAGAAACAGCAAGAAAAGAAGCUGAACAAGUCAACAUUGAAAUGAAAAAACUUGAAAAGGAAAGAAAAGAAAUCAUUUUAGAUCAUGAAAGAAGGGAUAAAGAAUGGGCUGAAUUGAAUGAUUCUAUACAACAGUUAAAAGACCAAAGGGUAAAAUUGGAAAAACAGAGGGAACUUUUACAUUCUGAUAGACAAGAGAUUCUUGAAAAGAUCGAAGAGUUGAAGAAACUAGAAGAUGUGAAAGGUGUUGGCUUUCAAAUCACUGAAAAUGAAAUUAAAGAAUGUGAUCCAAAUUUGCAAAAAAGAAAUGAAAUUGUGGAAAUUAAUUCAUUUAAAAAUGAAUUAAAUAAUAAUGGGUCAACACCUCCUCUUUCUGCUCCUUUUGGGUGGCUUAAAAGGUGUGCAAGUACUUUGUUGGAGCAAACACAGAGUAACAAGAAAAGGAAGAAACAACCGGACGAUAUUACCCCUCGGAGGGAUUCUACCAAGGAGACUACUGUGUAUAUUGACAAAAUUAUUAAAAUUCGAGAAGUGACAUCUGUUCGUAGUAAAAAUACUGUUGAAAAUAGUCAGGAGGGAGAACAGAAAAGCCACCUGGAAUCAAAUCACACGAAGAAGCUUAAAGGACAAAUUCAAGAGUGAUUUAUGUGCAUAAUAACCCAAUCUUAUUAUAUAUAUAUUUUAGGGUUUUAGGUACAUAUCAAGUAAUGGUGGUUUGGUUUCCUUUUUAGGGUUUGGUGUUGUGAGGUAAAGUAGGUUUGAUGAUAUUUUGACUUUAUAGAAGGGUUUUUAACUUUCUAUAAACCCUAAUUUUCGAGUGUUGACUUUUUUUCACGAAUAGUUGACUUUGACAUGUUUCUUAGUCUUGUAGAAGGGUUUAUUUAAGGGUUUUGGUUGGGAGUUGUAAAUGGUGGUUUUGGAUUUGGUGUUUGGUUGUGCUAUUUGUUUGUUUAACUAAAUUUGUGUAAGAUGACAAUAUUUUGGUUUUAAUGGUAUGGAUUUUGGUGACUA